AUGCUGAGCUCUGUCCAAGGGAGUUGGUGCCUUGCUACGGGGCCAGGAACUUGCAACCUCAACAUUGAGGGUACCCCAGUUAUCAAUGAAAAAACCUACAGGUAUUCCGAGGUAUGGACAGGAAUCAACAUCUUCGACCAUGCAUGCAACCUCAUCGGCUAUCUCGAGAAACCAGUGAAAAACGUAGCCAUUUACUCCGAGCUGCCUUGGACAGUAGUCAUAACGGAAAUCCAAAACAACGACCGGAACUUCGCAUUCUGUUACGCCGGAACUUGCUACGAUAACGGCUUUACCUAUAACUCAUUUGAUGAAGAUGGGUCAGGCACUAUCGAGUGCUUGCGCGCGUUUGAUUGUGAUAAUGAAUUAAGGACAGCCAAACAAGAACGGUCUUCCGGGUACCAUACAUGGAACGAAAGUGCCCUGGGAUGA